ACCGAACACCGGGAUGCCGAGACUCAGGACUCCCACGCCCCACGUGUAGAGUCCUUUGGACAUCACCAGGAACACAGGCAGCUGCUGGGGGGCUAGCGUUGUCGAUGGGUGGCGUUUCCAAUGGAAGGGUGCGCAACGACCAAUUGCCGAGCAUCGAGGCCACGGGUUUCAGAAGCCAACCAACAAGAGUCGCUACGAGACAAGAAAGAGCCUCCUUUGGCUGCUUGCGGCGAGAUAGUCAAGAGAGGGGACUGGGCGCAAGAGCCAUAAGACAACGUGGCUGGAGCCCUCGCUCGAACAGCCUCCGGGGGCGACAAUUGAAUUCCCGUCAAGAUGAGUUCGUGAGCGGAGAGGCACUGUCGCGCGAGGAGUUCGAGGCAUGGUCAGCCGCAGCAGCGGCAGCAGCAGCAGCGGCAAGUCCUACGGGCGACGGCCGUCGUACUGGUAGCGCCAACGGCGCGUCUGAUGCGUCUGAUGCUACGACCUCUGUGUGCGUGGAAGAGGUCUACAGCUCGAGGGCCUCUCCCGCCGGAAUAAACUGGACCUCCAUUCUGCUGUCGGUCGUUGAUCAAGUCUUGUUCCUCGGCUUCUUUGCUUGGCUCGCCACACCGGCAAUACGCGAGCAGUUGCGGUCUUCGUUUGUGUUGAGCUUUCCGGGGAUAGGCUUGGGGGCGGCUGGGGCGGUGCCAAUGUUCGUGUACGGUCUUUAUCUGGGCACGCAGAACUGGCCUUGGCUGAAGAGGCACGAGCAAAAGGCGGCCGCCGACAUCAAAGACCUCAACCUUUUCGGCAGGCGGAGGCAGGUGGCCAGAGUGGCCGUGGUAUCUGUCCCCCUGGCCAUGCUCGUAGCCCUCUGCGAGGAGUGCGUGUACCGAGGAUUGGUUCCUCUUCUACUCGUGGCCAAGACCGGCUUGCCUGUGGCCGCUGUGGUCGGAAUCUCAGCCGUUUUCUGCGGGGCGCGUCACGCGGGGACGUUGGGGAGCGCAAUUGACGCCGCGGUUUUGGGCAUGUACGUCCAUUGCCUCCUGCUGUCGACACGAAGCAUCUUGGUCCCGAUCGUUGCGCACGCUGUUUUCGAUGCCAUCCUCUUCGUGGUGGGACACUUGAAGGAAACCGCUCGACCACAAUAAUAUUCGUUACGGCUGGAGAGCACGCAGGAAGGACCGGAGGGAGGGCGUCGUCGUUGGUGUCCCCCACACCGUUCAGGAGCGUAGUUGCCUUGGACUAAUCACGUUUAUCGAGAAGACGAUUUCCUCUUAUUUUAUUUCUUGUUCAAUAUAGAGUCUGUGUGUUUGGGUACAAAGCACCGACCGCGCUUCCCGGAUGACAAAUGAAUAGCCGUCAGUGUAUGUGUUUUUAUUAUUAGCAUCGACCGUGAAUAUGUGUGUGAGAGUUCGACCAGCUUGAUCGUACAUACCGAGAUCAAUGCGAGGUGUUCGCGAAACGAGUCCGUGUUGGUUGAAUGAGAAUGAGCCAUCUCUGGGUUACCCCGUUGUUGCACGUAGCUGUGUGUACCAUAUCGACCAUUUGGUUGCCAACUUGGUACGUGAGUUCACACCUCUCGGUUGGACUGCCACUUGAGCAGAGGUUAGCUUGGGCUUCUGGGUUUGACCAACUUGAUUCGUUGAAGAUCGGCCUCUGAAACCAGGACGUGCGUUUUCAUGUUCAAGCAUUGCCACCACACAUUGAGAGCUGACUUUCACCUUCAAGCCGUGGGAAAUCGUUGGAAGCUUGAAUGGCUUAAUCUAUGUAGUUACCACCACAACAUUUAAUAGGAAGUACGCUCGAUUGCGGCACUAUUAUACCGCUUACGUCGUUCUGCGGGGCACGAGGGCCUAAAGUGACUCCAGC